AUGGCUGGACCCCAACAGGACAUGAGGGAGAAGCCUGUAGGUGAGUCUGGAAGUCCUUAUAAACAAGGUUCAGACCCACAGUUGCCAGCUGACCAAGGUGAUAAUGCCAAGCCCGAUGACACCUGCCUAGUCAGAAUUCAGAGCCACAAAGAAAAUGACUUCAUUGAGGUUGAAUUGAACAGACAAGAGCUGAGUUACCAAAAUCUACUAAAAGUGAGCUGCUAUGAACUGGGGAUUAACCCAGAGCAAGUGGAGAAGGUAAGAAAGCUGCCAAACACACUGCUCAGAAAGGACAAAGACAUUCUGAGACUACAGGACUUACAGGAAGUAGAACUCAUUUUAAUGAAAAACAGCUCUGAAUUGACAGCGUACACACCAUCGCUGUUGGAGAAGCCCUGCUACAACAGCAAUGCUGCAAAAAUGAUGUAUUAAGAAACCCAAGAACUGAAAGCUGAAAUCAGUAUAUAAAAUAGAUAAACAAGUUCAUACUGUAUAGCACA